UGGCAACAUUGGACAAGUUGCUGGGUAAAUUGUAGGCCUCUGUUUGAAUGACGCAGUUGCGAAUUGGGUUCCAUUGAUUGAAGAGCUCGGAGUUCAGGACCCGGAGCUCCGUUUGUAGAUAAACCGCCUAAAUUGUCUCGUGCGUAAACCAAUUCAAAGUCAAGACUACAAAUAGUAUUUCCAUAAGCAGCUCAAGAGCAUAAUCUAAUGCCGGACCCAAUUGCUUAUCAGUCGAUGACGAAGGCAUUGCCGGGGGUUAUCAUUGCACUUGACCAAUAUUGGUAGUUUUCGUUUUUGUUGAGCGUUUCGGUGAUUCAAUUGCACUGAAUGUAUAACAUACAUAUACGACAACGAAAACAAGCCGUAAUCAGCAUACUCGAAUAUGUUCCACAGUUUCAAAUAACGUGACAAAGUUUCAUUCUCGCAGCCCAAUCAACGCAUCGCCAGUCAGCGUUUGCCCGUCGCAGCGAUCACAAUUAAUAGACAGAAAUACUCUCCCAGUACUAUAUAACCUAUACUACUACUAAAAAUGUCAUUAAAUUUGCGCUUGAGGCAGCUACUGCUUUUUACUCUAUGCCUUUGUCUUGUUCCACUGGAGAGCAAUGCGGAUUUAUCAUUUCUGCUUGGAAAUAUUACGCUUUUCAAUGUGAACUUCAAGUCUCCCAAGUGGCUUGGUCGCUCCAUAUCUGUGCAGAGCAAUUUGCGUAUUGACACUGAAGUCGAUCCCAAUAUUCAGGAGGAUUCACACUUAAACACAUAUUCUCUAAUUCAUAAAUACGGUUAUCCAGCGGAGAAUCAUACGGUGACAACAGACGAUGGUUAUAUACUCACCCUUCACAGGAUUGCGCGACCUGGAGCAACUCCUGUUCUGCUAGUACACGGUCUAUUGGAUAGCUCAGCCACGUGGGUAAUGAUGGGUCCCAACAAGGGUCUAGGAUACUUGCUCUAUGAGCAGGGCUACGAUGUGUGGAUGGCCAAUGUGCGUGGAAAUACGUAUUCCAGGAAGCACAUCAAGUAUACGCAUAACCAUGCCAAGUUCUGGGAUUUCACGUUUCACGAAAUGGGCGUAUACGAUAUACCGAAAACAAUCGAUUAUAUACUCAACAAAACGGAUUUCCAACAGCUGCAUUAUGUUGGGCACUCACAGGGCACCGUUGUCUUCUGGAUAAUGGGCAGUGAGCGACCCGAGUAUAUGGAUAAGAUCAUAUUCAUGCAGGCUCUGGCCCCGGUUGCCUAUUUAAAGCACUGCAAGAGUCCUGUCGUCAAUUUCCUGGCCGAGUUUCAACUGCCGAUUGUGCUCAAGCUGAUAGGCGUUCAUGAAUUUUUGCCCAAAAAUGAGUUCAUAGUGAUGUUCAAUCAGCUGAUUUGCGACGAGUCGACCACAACAAAAGAGGUCUGCUCGAAUGUGAUUUUCCUGACUACUGGCUUUGAUAAGUUGCAGCUGAAUGAGACAAUGCUGCCCGUUGUGGUGGGGCAUGCCCCAGCUGGGGCUUCCACCAAGCAGAUGCAACACUUUGCCCAGGUGCGCAGAUCGGGAGACUUUCGUCAGUUUGACUAUGGCUGGCUGAGGAAUCACUGGCGUUACAACAGUCUCACCCCCCCGGAGUAUAAGCUGGAGAAUGUUAAGGCCAAGGUCGCCAUGUAUUAUAGCCAAAACGAUUGGCUAGCACAGCCGACAGAUGUGGAAGCGCUGCGCCGCAGACUGCCCAAUGUGGUAUCGCAUUACUUGGUUGACUAUCCGGAGUUCAAUCAUCUGGACUUCAUUUGGGGUGUGGAUGCUCGGGAGCUGCUCUGGGAUCGCAUGAUUGAGAAUAUGCGCUUGCAUGAUACUGAUAAUACUAUUGAUACUUCCAACUGAAUAAUAUAAGUAUUUGUUAUAGGCUUAAGUUCUAUACUUACAGUAUAAGCUCGGUGUAAUCGAUAGGCCAUUUAUGGAUAAAAUAUUUAUUAUUUACUAAAAUCUUAGAAUAUUCUUAAGUCCAUGUGAUAAUAAUUGAUGUAUCCCCCGCAAAGGGCUUUAUAAUUUCGCUAUGAAAUUUGUAAUUUGUAAUAUCCAUACUACAUUUUAAUUUGAAAAUACUUAUCUAAUAAUUAAUAAUUAUAUAAAAGACUUACAGUCUUAAUGGAA